GCGGAGAAGGGAAGACCGGGCGGGGAGGAGGCGAGAGGCCGGRGAGGAGAGGAGGGAGGCAGCUCGGCAGAGGGGACGGGACGGGAGCGGACCCGGCGCCCCGCGGGCCAUGCGCCUCCUGGCUACGGCGCUGGCCGCCCUGCUGGCCACGGCCUCGGGCCCAGAUGUUUGUGUGGCUCUAAAUGUGACAGUCUCUCCUGGACCAACAGUGCAAUAUUCUGAGGGGGACAAUGCCACCCUUUAUUGCCACAUUUCUCAAAAGAGAAAGACAGACAAUUUACUGGCUGUGCGGUGGGUCUUCGCUGCAUCACCUACCCAGGAGCAUCUCAUGAUCAAAAUGACAAAGUUUGGGUCUGUGCAGUAUUAUGGAAAUUAUACUCAUAAUUUUCACAAGCAAAGACUUCAUCUCCUUAAAGAGAAACAUGGAACUAUGUACAAAUUUCUUAUUUUAAGCCUCCAACAAACAGAUCAAGGACAUUAUAUAUGCAAAGUCCAGGAAAUUGGGAAACACAGAAAUAAAUGGACAGCAUGGUCAAAUGGUACAGCAGCUACUGAAAUAAGAGUGAUUUCAUCAAAAUCUUCUGAUCAUCCCUCUUUCAAGAAGAACCAUGAAGCUUGGAAGUUUUUUGAAGAUCUGUACUUGUAUGCAGUGUUCGUGUGUUCCAUAGGAAUCAUCAGUGUCCUCCUUUUUACACUUGUCAUUCUCUGUCAGUCACUUCUGAACAAGAGGAGAUCCACAGUGAAGCAUUACCUGGUGAAAUGCCCUCAGAACAGCUCGGGGGAGACAGUUACCAGUGUGACAAGCAUGUCACCUCUACAGCCUAAGAAGGUAAAGAAAAAGAAAGAGAAACUGGAGCAGCCACCAGCUAUCCCAGCAAAAGCUCCAAUUUCCAAUAAUUUCCCUAAGCCGAAGCUUUUGAAACCUCAAAGAAAAUUGAUCCUGCCAAAAAUCGCAGAGGAGAAUUUAACAUAUGCUGAACUUGAACUGAUGAAGCCGCUUCAGGAAGCCAAAGGCAUUCCCAGUAUGACAGUCUAUGCACAGAUACUCUUUGAGGAGAACAAGCUGUAACAGUUCAUGCCUGUAUAAAUGUCCUUUGUCUGUGUCCUAUUUAAUUCUUGCUGUGCUGUUUAUUUAUAAAAACCAUAYAAAUGUCCUUAUUUUUUUAUUUCCGUUCACGCACUUCUAUUUUUCUAUGAGACUUUUAAACACAAUGUAGUUGAAAGUAAUCAUAGAAAAAGCAGCUGAUCUACAGGUGACAUCCCAGAGAUGCCUUUGUAGAGUUCUGUACCCCUGUUGGAAAUGAAGUUCCACCUGGGGCAUUUGUAACACUAAACAUUAUUCCUUCUUUUAUGUUAAUAUGGUGAGUCCAGCUGCAGACAUCAAUAUCUUAGCAACACUCAGGAGGACUAGUGGCAGRAUCCAUGCCCAUCAACCUGCUACUGAAGGAAAAGACCACUGACCAGAAAAAUGGCCACUUUAAUGCAUUUUUGUCCCAUCCAAAAAAUAUGAACCCAGUAAAUAGGAGACCUUCUUCUACUUCUACUUCUCUUUGUCUUCUAUGUUUUCAAAUAAUUUUUCUAAAUGACAUUGUUUUUAAAAAACUUAUGYUACUUUUAGUAAGGUGUCUGAAAUAAGAUAUUUCAAAAUAAUCUGAAGGAAUAAUUUAUGGUUAAACCCCAAUGAUUUAGGGAAGAAUAUUCAUAGCUUGGAAAUAUCUCCCAGGAUUUCAUUUUUUAAAAGUUCUGAUUGGGAAUAGGAAAAACUUGAUAGUGAAUAAAGAGAGAGGCAGGACACUGCUUUUGGUCUUGGUUUAGUUUGGUGUUUCCAGUCCUGCAAAAGUUUCCUCCUGUAGCCUGCACUACUGACCUGCUGAUCUWGAGGAAAACAUAUCACACAGUGCCUCCUGCAGUAUGGAACAGACUCUGUAAUGCCCUGCUGACCUACUUUGGAGUUAAUUCUUUGGAAAGACCGGGGCUCAGGAGAUAGGGAAAUGAGCCCARUGUGAGGACACAAAAUAACAUUCCUCUUUCUUUACCUCUUGAUAACUGAGAAGGCAUUCUUCCUUUUCCUUUGAUAAACAUUCACGGAAAAUGAGUUAUUCUGUGCCAUCCUGGGCAUUUCAGUCAUGAAGAAUAGYGGGACUGAUGUGUUUCAAGCUCAUGUAUCUUCAAUGUCUAAAUUUCCCCAAAGCUCAGGGAAAGUUGGAUACCCAACAUCUUUCAGCUCUUAGGAAGCUUUAGCCCUUGAGUAACUAUGGGGUUCAUGGAGAUUAAAAUCAUGGGCUCUUCAGGUCACCAUCAGGUCAUGGAGAUCCCAUACUUGGCAUGUGCCAGGUCUCCUCCAGGUCUGUGAGGGAGCCCCAUGAUGGGCUGCUCGUUCAGCAGUGUUUAAUGGGGAUUUUGGAGUAGACUUGCAGGCCUUGGGUUCUGGAGUCAUGACUAAGGUGGUCCAAGUUGCUUCUUCCCACAGCUUUUUAGGGAUAAAACAACUUCUUACCAGGGCUCAGAGCACAGGUCUGGGAAUUGUCACAACACUCAUGCCCUUGUUCCUGUUACUGCAUGGGAGUGCAGGACAGGAGGACUGGGGGGACAUGGCAAGGAUGGGGACAUGAAACCAAGGGACAGAGCACAUCCCUGCCUUUUGGAGGGUUUCACCAGAAUAAGCGAGUCUGURUGAACUUCUUUCUAACUUUUUUGAAGAGUGGUAGAGAUAAGGCAGCACACAUACUCUGUUACUGUCUAGCCAGGAUUUGUAAAUAUAAAAUGCAAUCAUCUGCUUCCACAUUAGAUAAAAAUCUCUUCUAUAAAAAAGAAUUUAAGAAAAGCUUMUCAGGCUGACCAUUAUGUACAGUACUAAUUCCAAAUCUAUUCCUUUGUCAAAACAGUUCUUUCCAAACUAAGGGCAGCUUUUAUCAAUAGAUUUGCUAAUAAUUAUUUGUUUGCUAGUAAUUAUUUGCAUUUUAAUGUUUGCAUUUGUGAACUGUCAAAAACCAUAUUUGUUUCACCUUUGCAUUAUCCCAGGAGUUAAUCACCACCAAAAAGGCGUGGUUUCUUUCCUUGUUCUCUUAUCAGGUGUUGGACUUUCAUUGACAACAAUAAUCAACUCAUUGACCAAAUGGUGCUAAAGAGCAAUUCAGCAUUCAGGGUUCAAUUUUGGAACAGCCAGUUUAACUGACUAUUCAGAGAAGUCAUCUGUUCUUCAGACAGCUGUUCAAAAGGCCUUAGAAAAAUAUAGAAUUUAUUAGUUGUUACUUUGGAAUUAAAAAUAAAAUCCUGACAUGUUAAUUUGACCACUUAGUCGGGAAAACUUUGAGGUUUGGUUACAAACAUUCCUUUUUCAUACAACUGGCCAUUGUGCCCAUUGUUYAGAAGAAUCCUCUACUGUAAAUUUAUGCCCAGCAUGUUAAUGAAUACCAYUCUUUAUGUAUUAAUAUCCUAUAUAUUCUUGUUUAUAUUUGAUAUCUAAUUCCCCAAAAUAAUAGGUAAUUGAACUGAAUA